AUCCCCCUUGCCACAACUAGUGCCCUAGUGCCAGCGACUAACGCUACCAGUGCCUGUAGCCGUGGUCGCCUGCCUCAAGCUUCGUGUCCUAUACAUGCACUCGUGUGCAAACACUGGCCGAUCUGCCCAUGCUGCCCAUACGGACUUGCAUAUUAGCAACAGUAGCGCAAUCUCUCGGGGGCCGCAGAGCACUGCGUCACUAGAACCACCGUAUACCCGUGACGCACUACACAGUUAGUGACAUGACGGCGGACGUCGCGUCCGAAUACGCCGGGACGCGCUCGCUCUCUGAUCAGGGCCACUGCUUCUCCUGCAGUACUGUCUCCCUCGCCGCUGUCACGGCUCGCUGGCCCUUCAGCACUUGGCAGUGCGCAGUGUUUGCACGACUGCCCGCCGGGCUGCAGCCUGCAGCCUGCAGCCUGCAGCCAGCGGCCUGCGGUCUGCCAGCUGCCAGCCAGCUCGUCAUCACCCGCCUCACCCGUCGCAUACCCAUCGGGCCAACAAAUUCAGCCGCCACCGCCACACUCUCUCAACCUGUGGAAGGAUGCACAGGGGGAUGCGCGUGGCACGGACAUGUCCCCCUGCGCCCUGGCAGCUGGCAGCUCCCAGCUCCCAGCCUGCCAGCUGCGAGGCUCACGCUUGACGUCAUGCAGCAGUUCCCCGCAGCUCCGAGACUCGGACAGCUGCGCCGACAGCAAGCUGCUGCCACUGAGAGUGCACGUCGACGGUGCUGCGCACAAUGUCACCAGUUUUCCAGUAGUCCGGCGUCCAGGGAUCGGAGGAACUAAUGCGCCACUGGAAUCAGCGUCAUCCGCAAAACACACUGGCAGAGCCAACUGCCUUGCCC